ACAGGGAAGUGGUGGCUCUGUGCUGUAAACAGAACGGGUCCGCUCAGUCAGCAGGGCUGUGUGUGUGUGUGUGAGAGAGAGAGAGACAGACCCCCACACUGAGUCACUGGCGGAGUCGCGAUGAACUCACACGUUGGCUUGUUUCUUUUGUCAUGUAUUCGCUUCUGUGUGACAGAGGUGUACAUUCUGGACGACAGGUUCGGGUUGGGGAGACGGUUUGAUGGCAUCGGAGGAUUAAGCGGAGGAGGGGCUACUUCGAGACUUCUGAUCAACUAUAAAGAACCUUAUCGGAGUCAAAUACUGGAUUUUUUGUUUAAGCCUAACUUUGGAGCGUCACUACACAUUCUGAAAGUAGAAAUAGGAGGCGAUUCCCAAACCACAGACGGCACUGAGUCUUCACACAUGCACAAUGAAACUGAUGAGAAUUACUUUCAUGGCUAUGAAUGGUGGCUUAUGAAAGAGGCCAAGAAGAGGAACCCAAACAUCACACUCAUAGGUCUGCCCUGGGCUUUUCCAGGAUGGGUUGGUCAUGGGAGCAACUCGCCUUACAGCUUCCCAGAAAUUACUGCCAACUACGUUGUGUCUUGGGUGAUCGGCGCCAAACAAUAUCACAGUCUUGAUAUUGAUUAUCUCGGGGUAUGGAACGAACGGAGCUUUGAUUCAAAGUACAUCCAGGUGCUUCGAAGCACAUUAGACCGAGCUGAUUUAUCAAACGUAGGUAUUAUUGCAGCAGACGGGAACUGGGCCGUUUCCAAGGCCUUGCUUGUUGAUCCAUAUCUCAAUGAUGCUGUUGAAAUUAUUGGCGUUCACUAUCCCGGUACCAUGACCAUUAAGGAGGCACUGUUGACUGGGAAAAAGCUUUGGUCUUCUGAAGAUUACAGCACGUUUAAUAAUGACCUCGGGGCAGGAUGCUGGGCUCGUAUUCUUAACUGGAACUAUGUCAAUGGCAGGAUGACAUCGACUAUUUCCUGGAAUCUGAUAGCAAGUUAUUAUGAAGAUCUGUCUUUUGGUCGAGACGGUUUGAUGACUGCAGAGGAGCCGUGGAGUGGGAAUUACGUCGUGGAAUCGCCAAUAUGGAUAACUGCUCACACUACUCAGUUUGCGCAACCCGGCUGGACGUAUCUCCAGACCAUAGGGAACCUCUCUUCUGGUGGAAGUUACAUCGCGUUAACAGACGGCCAAGGGAACCUCACUAUCGUAGUAGAAACCAUGACUCACAAUCACUCGCAGUGCAUUCGCCCUUCACUCCCUCUUUUCAAUGUUUCAGCUCAGGAAGCAACAUUUCAGCUCAGAGGCUCCUUUGCUGCGAUCACUCAGCUCCAGCUGUGGUACUCAAAACUGGAUUUCAAAACCAAAAAGGAUGUACUCUUCAAAAAGGCCGAUCCUAUAAAGGUUUCCGAUGGACGUUUUACCUUGAAACUGGACGUUGAUGAACUUUACACCAUCACAACGGUCACCACUGGACACAAAGGCUUCUACCCUGAUCCUCCAGAUUCUGCUUUAUUUCCCAAGAAAUACUUUGAUGACUUCAACGUCCAAAACCCUCCCUUCUCAGAGGCGCCAUAUUUUUCUGAUCAGACGGGUGUGUUUGAGUACUUCACAAACCUCACGGAUCCAGGGCCACACAUGUUUACUUUACGCCAGGUGGUUAACCAGCGGCCAAUUUCCUGGGGUUACGAUGCAGAUCAGUCCAUCAGUGUCAUCGGAGACCACGGCUGGCAAGACAUUGUCGUCUCCUGUGACAUUUACCUGGAAACUGAGGACAGCGGCGUCUUCGUGGCAGCCAGGGUGGAUCGCAGCGGGGAAUCGGUCCAAAGUGCCCAGGGUGUGUUUUACUGGGUUUUUGCAAAUGGCACGUACAAAGUGACCAAUGACAUCGGUGGAGAAAAAGUUCUUGUUGAAGGACUGUCAGGGACAAGACGGGGUAUAUGGCACACGCUUACUCUCACAGUAAAGGGUAAUAAUGCCUUUGGAAUGCUGAACAGUUUUCUUUUAUGGAAGGAUGCUGUUGUUGUUCAACCCAAGCAUGGCUGGGCUGCAAUCGGGACGUCCUCGUUUGAAUUUGCACAGUUUGAUAACUUUCUGGUGGAUGCAGACUGAUGACUUUUUUUAUUCAAACUGCUUUGAGAUCCAAUUAAAUAUUCACCGUGCACUCGGGCUGCCUUCAGGUCCUGUCAGAAAUAUAAUUACGAGGUGAACCCACAUGAACGCAAUCACAAUGUCAUAAUUACAACUUGGGAAAUUUUUUUUUUCUCUUCUAUGAACUCCAACUUUCCCAGCUGGGGGAGUGUUGAUGAUAAAAUUUCAUUACAUCCCACAAUAUGAAUAUGACGUCUAUAACAGACGGUCAGACUUGGGUGGUAAUUUUGUAUGUUCGCUGUUCUUUAUUUUCUUUCAGCACAGCAGAAGGAACUUUCUGUUGUUGGGGACUUUAAUUUUUUUUUUCAUGCUAUUCAUAUUUUCACUUCAACACAUUGUCAGAAUAACCGUCUCUGAACUUUGUAUGCACAAAAUUCCAAGUUGGAGAACGUCAAGGUAGCAAAUACUUGAAAAUGGGAGGACUGGUUUUGUAGCAUCUGGGGGAAAGGGUAUCCAUAAAUACCAAAUUAUUGUUUUUAAUGUUCUGCUGUACAUGUACCUGUGUAUUCUGAAUAAUUUUUUUAAAGGUUCUGAUUGCAAAGUUGAAUUCUGGACAAAAAUGUUCCAUUUCUGUUGUUGGAGUUUUGAGACGUUUCAUUGCUGCACACACACCGUGUAUCCUGUGUGUAAAUGUUUUGCUGAGAUAAAAAGCGUCCCACGUUUUACUAUUCCAGAGAUCGCUGAAGCAAGUGAGCGAUAGUAUCAUGUGACCACUGUGGGGCGUGUCUUUUUGACCUACUUUUAACCAAAAUAAGUCGGCAUGGGCAAAUAGGUAAGACUCUGCUCUCCUGUCAACGGAAAGGAAAAGCAAAGCUUGACUAGUGAGUGCAACUGCAAGAUAGAGCGAGGUUAAAUGAGGUCAUUGUUCUGGACCAAUAACUAAAUCAUUCUAGCUAGCGCUUAGCUAUCUUAGCCUUAGAGUGCAUGGGCUCGACUCCACGGUAGCGAGUAUGGAGUUACACACCUAAUGUUUUGAUCUCGCAGAGAAAGAAACGAGAACACAAAAGCAGGAACUGAGAAAGGAUAUAAAUAUUCAUCUUUUGUUUCAUGGAUCUAUUUACAAACGUCGGCCACAAAUUACAUCCCUGCGACUCAAAACUCUCCGAGGUCGAUGCGGAGUCAUGAUGUUUUCCGUACGUUGCCAUCUCGGUGUGACGAGGUUCUAUAGUUACGCAAAUUAGUUAAAGCUCUUUCCUUGUGUUCAGCUGUUUCCUGUUUCCGUCGGGCCGUACUGUUUACCUUAAGAGGGAGGAAAAGGUCCCAAAACAGAAAAGCGACCCUCAGGAUAUCAAAAUGAUCACGUCUCGUGCAUCCGCAUGAUAUUGUUCUGGCGAUACAGAGGAAAAUAAUAUGCACAAUUUAAAAAAUGACUUUGACUUUGCAGUCAGCACUUUUAAGUAAUUAUAAAUUUCAACAAGUAUGAAUGAGCUGUGAAUUUUCAAGCUUUUGGGGUUUGAAUAAUUUUAAUGUUUAUUGUGGAUAUUUAUGGCGGUCAUUGUUAUUUCAUAAUAAUGUUAAUUUAGACAAUCUGAAAUAAUUUCUGGAUUAAAAUAUCUGCUGCUG